AGGCUGAACCGCCUUGCAGUGUGGUGCCCUGAGAGUUGUCAAGGGUUUGGUAGUGGAGUAUCCGAGAGGGGAGCAAGGGCGGCUACGGUUGUACAAUGCCGAAUAAAACGAAAAAAGACAAGGAGUGCUCUAAGUCUGGCAAAGUGGGCAAGAGUGGAGGACAGGAGAAUUCAGAGCAUGAGCAGAGCUCAAACAGGAAGGCUAGCAAUAGUGUUCCUCCCACCACUCAGUUGCUGAAGGGGAAACCGCCAGGUUCCCAGACACCUGUCAAAAAGGACAAGAGGCAGAGCUCCUCCCGCUUCAGCUUGAGCAACAACAGAGAGCUGCAGAAACUGCCUGCUUUCAAAGAUGUUCCCCCUGCAGAGCAGGAGAAACUGUUCAUCCAGAAGUUGCGGCAGUGCUGCGUCCUCUUCGAUUUUGUGUCAGACCCACUGAGUGACCUGAAAUGGAAGGAGGUGAAACGGGCAGCGCUGAGCGAGAUGGUGGAGUACAUCACCCACAACAGGAACGUAAUCACCGAACCGAUCUACCCAGAGGUGGUUCACAUGUUUGCUGUGAAUAUGUUUAGAACAUUGCCGCCAUCCUCCAACCCCACGGGUGCUGAGUUUGACCCAGAGGAAGAUGAGCCCACGCUAGAGGCUGCAUGGCCACAUCUACAGCUCGUCUAUGAAUUCUUCCUUCGGUUCUUAGAGUCACCUGACUUUCAACCAAACAUAGCCAAAAAGUAUAUUGACCAGAGGUUUGUAAUGCAGCUCUUAGAACUGUUUGACAGUGAAGACCCCAGGGAAAGAGAUUUUUUAAAGACCACCCUGCAUCGCAUCUAUGGGAAGUUCCUAGGCCUGCGAGCAUACAUUAGGAAACAGAUUAAUAACAUAUUUUAUAGGUUCAUUUAUGAGACCGAACAUCAUAAUGGAAUAGCAGAAUUACUGGAAAUUUUAGGCAGCAUAAUCAAUGGAUUUGCAUUACCAUUGAAAGAAGAGCACAAGAUAUUCCUACUGAAAGUUCUGCUGCCUUUACACAAAGUCAAGUCACUUAGUGUCUAUCACCCACAGCUGGCCUACUGUGUGGUACAGUUCUUAGAAAAGGAUAGCACCCUCACAGAACCGACGGUGAUGGCUUUGUUAAAGUACUGGCCAAAGACCCACAGUCCAAAAGAGGUGAUGUUCCUCAAUGAGCUGGAGGAGAUCCUGGACGUUAUUGAACCUUCAGAGUUUGUCAAAGUCAUGGAGCCCCUCUUCAGACAGCUGGCCAAGUGUGUGUCCAGCCCACACUUUCAGGUGGCAGAGCGAGCUCUGUACUACUGGAACAAUGAGUACAUCAUGAGCCUGAUCAGUGACAACGCCGCCAAGAUCCUGCCAAUCAUGUUCCCAGCCCUCUACCGCAACUCCAAGACCCAUUGGAACAAGACCAUCCACGGGCUGAUCUACAAUGCUCUGAAACUCUUCAUGGAGAUGAACCAGAAGCUGUUUGAUGACUGCACCCAACAGUUCAGGGCAGAGAAAAGCAAAGAGAAAGCCAAAUGGAAAGAGAGAGAAGAAGCUUGGCUGAAGAUUGAGAAUUUAGCAAAGUCAAACCCACAGUUUCUGAUGUACGUUGACUCAGUAGGCUCAGGCAGUCCAAUGGACAUGGAGACAGAUGGACCGCUGCUAGACGACGUCAACAUGCUAAAGAAAACAGUAGAGGAGGAAGCAACACAGAUCCAAAAAGAUCAGCGAAGAGAGCGCCCACUGAUGCGAAGGAAAUCAGAACUCCCCAAGGACAUCUCCACUGUCACGGCCUUGGAGUUGCACCGGAGGGCCGAGGAAAUGCUGACAACGCACGACGGCCACUAAGAGACCACCCUGGAUCCACCAUAAACCAGCAGCAGCAGCAGCAGAAGCAUCCACAGAGGAACCACAAAGCCCACAGAGGGCCCGCACAACAACAGAACUCUGGUAUCUCAGUCCAGCCCAGCACAACACAGAACUGAACUAGUCCCAGCUCCACCUGACACAGAAAAUGUCUAAAGCCACACAUCUAAGCCCCCUGGUUCAGCUUUUUCUGGACAAGCGGUGCUUGGUCCUUACUGAUCCCCUCCUCCUUCCCCAUCUCUCCAUACCCCCUCACCCCCCAACACUGGUUGUUGUCCAGCAGAGACAUAUGUGGCGCUGGACCGUCCCGCAUGACCACAACACGCACGUGAACUUCACCCAAGAUACUGUACUGUUGUUAUGGCUUCUUCUCCCUUUUUUUUCCCCUCUUCCUGUCCUUGUGUUUUCGAGGUGCUGUGCUGCCCCCUUCUGGUCAUUUCUCUCAGGUGUUCUGUUUGUGUGUGUGUGUGUGUGUGUGUGUGUGUGCGUGCGUGCGUGCGUGCGUGUGGCGCGCCGCGUGCCGCGUGCCCCUGUGUCCGUGUGUGUGUGAGAGUGUGUGAGUGUCUGUGUGUGAACUGUCUUCUCUUCUUGCCUUUUCUUUAUAGAUGUCAGGUGCUUGUACAAAUAAUAUAUGAGCCCCCAACUGUAACCUCCAUGGAGGACUUCUUUGGUUUAAUCAAAACAAAAAAGCAUCAAUUAAUGAGAAAAUGUCAGUUGUCUCUAUAUAUUUAAUAUUAGCUAUUUUUCUCAUAACAUUUUAACUAGACAGCUGUUUAUAUUUUUUCCUACAUAGUAUUUUACGCGCUCUUCUGAAAGUAAAACAUACUUCCUAUCUGUACAACUGUUCUGUUCGGAGCUUACUAUUUUUUCUCCGUUCAUUUUCCAUUAGCUGUGAAGAUUCAUUGAUCAUUCUGUUAAUCAGGACAGGGUCGCCGGGGACUCGCCAGUAGUGUGUCUGGAUUUAAAGCAUUGCAGCACAGCUCUGUUCAUUAGACAGCGCUGGCCUGACAGAGGUCCAGGUCCAGAUCUUUGUUCCUUGUGUAGAAGCCUAGUUUUGGUGCCAAUUUCUCUCUCUAAUUUAGUUGCUUUCUUAAAAAAUGAUCCUUUUAAUUCUGUAGGGCAAUAAGUUAACACGGGUUGUGGUGUGUGUUUGUGGCUCAAGCAGAUGAGUUUGUUAUUAUUACCUUUUUUUUUUUUUAGCUCUGUUUGCUUGGUCCUUCGGACGAGUCCAGCUCAAGCCCGUUUUGCUGCACCAGUUACGUGAGAGGGGAUUGUGGGAUUUAUUUUUGGUUCCCCCCCCUGUUCACAUCCAGCCAUUGUAAGAGUGUGUUUAACAUGGUCAUAGCAAUGUCAUAGCAUUCAGUACAAGUCAGUGUCAUUCAUGUGAGGCUUAUGAGAGGUCAGAGAGAUGUAGUCGCUCAUCUGGGAUUUACACAAUGUUGCUGUGUGUUGAGUGAAGUCAAACAGGGGCAGAUACUGUGCUGAUAGUGAUCGCUUUUUCUACUCUUCUCAAGCAAGACCCUUUUAUUUAUAAAACACUUGUUAGAGAUUAGACUCUGUCAUAGAUGAGAUGUGUUUGGUUUGCAGAGGUCAAACAUAAGCCUUUCUUUUCACAGUGCCUUUUAUAGUCUAAGAGGAUAUUUGCUCAACUGAGAAUCGAGUAGUAGCAUUAACAGAAAUGCCAGAACAUUAAGAAUUUAGUUUCCAAAAAAAAAAAAAAAAAGAUGCAUUCAAGUCUGUACUCGGCACACCUUGAGCCACUCGGACUCCAGCACAUGCCUUGUUGAAGCUACAUAGUCCAUUUUGUAGUUAAAAGCUUGAGAGGAGAAGCAGAGUGGUCGCCCCAAACCACUUCGUCAAUGAAGCACUUCCUGAUAAAACUUGAAAGAAAAUAGAAAACACAACUGAAAAAAACUAACUAGUAAAGAAUUGAAAUCUGUGAUGCUGUCUGUCUUGGUGUGUGGGGUCACCUCCCCUGGGCGCCUGUUGAUAAGAGCUAGCCUCCACAGGAGAGGAAAUCACCUACCAUCGUAACUUUUCCAUUCUGUGCCCCCGCUGUCCCAUUCCACUUUAGAUUUGUACCAUUAUUUGACCCCCUGCCCCUCCCACCUACCCCUCCCCGUUGAAAGCCUAUGACUAGGGCUCAUUAUUUGGACAUCUGUUUGAUCUGCUUCUGGAUGCUUGCAAAGUUCUUUUUGUUGUGGUUUUACUCUUCCUUUGCCUGCAGAACCUCUUGUCAGUGUUUCAACUGAAUGUGCAAAUUGUAAAUAAUACUGCAGUCACACUGUUCUGUUGUCUCCAUGUUUGUCUUGAAGAGCAACAUUCACCAAAGGCUUUUACAAAAACCUCAUCCCCCUCUAACCUGGGUAUUACAGUGGAUCUGAUGAAAGGAAAGUGAUUCCAUCCCUUCAGUACUCUGCAUCCUCUGAUUGUUGGUUGUCUGGUUUGCCAUGCAGUGCAGCAGCAGCACAGUGUUAGCGUCCUAUUGGUGACUGUUGUUCUUCUCAAAAUGGCUUUAAUAUUGGCUUCUUUGGAGCUCUCUUCAUCUUACAUAAGCUUUGUUUUCUUUUUCUUUGAAAAGAAUGAUUAUUGCAAGUGUCCUUUAGUAUACGUCUCAUACUAAAUGGCUUCAUCUAAUAUUGUACAUAUAAUGUACUUUUAUUUUAUGUUAUAACUAUUAUUAAAUGGUAGAUUUCAUAUUUUGUACAAAAUACCCUGUGUACAGAAUACAGAGGUUAUUAGCAACUGCAGACAGUUGGUAUGUGGCACAGACUUCAACACAUGUGACUAUUUACAUUUAGAAACCGAAUAGAAUUUGGAUAGUUUUUUAUCUACUUGUAAUCCAACAUCUUUUCCGUUUUUUGUUUUCCACCUCCAAACAUGUGUUGAGAUCCUACAUACAUGAGCUUUUUGUGUGUGCUUUUAUCCAAAUCUCAAGUGGUGUACAUCUAUCUAUAUACAGCAAAUAAAGAGAACAUGUGAGUUUUAUAUUUUCAUCCUAAAAAAAAAACCAAAAA